UUUAGGAACGACGUCUGUUACUCGUUACCAACCGAAAUCGCUGUUUCCAGGAGGCUUAUUUGAUCAAUACCUACAUACCGAUGAAAUCCUUAGUCAGAAGCAAACCGUGACAAAAAUGUCUAAUCAGCGGCCUGAAUCCGAUUCAAUGUUCAUGCAAAGAGGUGAUGGGCCACGAAACAGAAGUCCGCCCCGAUCUGAGCCACCAUCACGACGGAAUUCGUCGACUAGAAGCAACGGGUCAGUCGAAACGAUAACCGUUAAAGAUUUUUUUGAUUUUAUGAAGACUGCGUAUCAAGUUUACGAGCACAUGGAAGGUGACGAAGACGAAGGAACGAAGAUUGAUUGGGAGGAAUUAACGAAAUUGACGGUUAUAAAUCAUGUGAUUGAGCAGCAGGAGAGGGAUUUGCUGUAUCAGACCGCCUUCCAUGAACAGAAGCCGACCAUUAGCAAGAGUGAAUGUACCAUCGAACCGAAGAACCCCGAAGAUAGACUAGAAAAGAGAUUCAGUUGCAGCGAAUUGGAAGGAAUUUCAGGUCGUCGACGGUCAUUGCCUCCUGAAGCAAGAGUUGAAAUGCUUGGUAUUUGGACCGAAGCUAAUCUAAAUUGCAAGCUUAAUGAUGUAGUAAACGAGGGCAUUUUGGACUCUAUUCUGCCAUACCUUGUUGGAUAUAAAAAACCUUCUAAAACAACUAGUGUUUACACUCCUAUAAUCAAGAAAGUACCAUCAGGAACAGACGUCAAGAAACCUGCCAGCUUUGGAGGUUUCGUGGAUGAAAAAGAAUCGAGAGAUCGUUUGGGUAGGCGAAAGUCUUCAGUUACUAUUGCCCAAGAACGCAAUAAUGCGAAACAAGACGGGGAUGUUGAAAUUCACGUUUGCGAUGAAGUAAAAGGGCUCAAGAAAGAUUUUAGGUGUCCACAGAAGUUGUUGGUAUCGAAAAUGGGUUAUUUCGCCGAUGUAACGGCCGGCCAGAGACUAGAAGAUAUGGAUAUUUCUGUUCAUUGCGACAUACAGAUUUUUGACUGGUUAAUGCGCUGGGUGAAACGCGAUACCAUACUGGUUGCUGACUGGCCUCUGCUUGACCCCCACAAUGUGGUACCUAUUUUGGUGUCAGCUUCAUUUCUGCAGAUGGAGCCACUGCUGCACGACUGUCUGAUCUAUUGCCAUGCUCACAUCAACGACAUCGUGAAGACAUCCACUAACUUGGCAUGUCUCAGUGACGCUCUGCUUACCAGGUUAGCAGCAAUGUACACGAACGCGGAACUGGAAGCGAUCAGGGACCGCAAAGACAAGAUCCAGUCGCGCCUCUUCUGCAAGAUGAUCCUGUCCCUCGCUGAGCCUGUGCCCGAGACCCUUAGGGGACACUACUCCAGCUUAGCCACGCUCUUCAAGUGCUGCAAAUGUAACAAACUCCUAGGACGUCACAUCGCUGAACAAGUUCCCUGCCAGCCCGCGAGUAUGAGGAUAGAUCGACGCGGCAAUGUCGUCUCUUCUCACUCCAAGGACCAGUCGUGGAGUCUGAACGACUACAUAACGUGGCUGUACGGCGAGCUGCGGUCGUGGCGGCGCGUGUAUUGGCGUCUGUGGGCUGACUGCCACUUCUUAAGAUGUCAGCUGUGUGACAGCUACUUCCCGGCUUAUCAGAUGGAAUGGUGUUCCCACCACGAGCAGCCCCCGCACAUGUUCGCGAUAGAAGGCAGACCCUCACUGCCGGCCGGGCGGUACCCCUGCUGCGGCGAGAGAGCUUACCGAUUCGAAACUGUUACCAGGAAUACGGGUUGCCAGUUCCGCGAGCACGUGCCUGACGAGCGGCUGGCGAUGGACUCGUCCGUGAUGGAGCUGUACAACCAGUUCCGCGACAUCAUCGCCAUGCGACCCCCUCAGCUUAUGUUCCCUGAGAGACUGACACGACUUGUCGGAAGAGAACCAGGUGAGGACAGCAACGGGCGGCUGCAGUGCAAGGAGGUGUUCUGGUGGGAGGGCAUCAUCCUCGUCCCUCCGCGCCCUCCUCUCGGCCUGCUCGGCAAGCUCUACACCAGCAACAACAAGUUCAAUCCCAACGUGAGACCUGGUUCUCCCGCCCUGGGUACUUCGCAAGUGUCUGCCCAGUCCUUGGCUGGGAACUGCUCCAGCGGCACCGUGGUGUCUCCGGAGAGAGACGUGAAGCUUCUCAAACCCGUCAAGGAUAUAAGGGAGGAUUCCCUUAGGACCAAGAAAGGCGCUCCGGGCGGCGGCGACUCGGCGGGCGAGUCGGGCGGCGAGCAGUCCAGCUCGUCCGACGACAGCGAGCAGAGCUCGGCCUCCGCGCCCAGCGACGAGGAGUGCGCCUCCCGACGUGCCAAGCUGCGACAGCCGAGGAAGCACUCGCACUCGCAUUCACAUCCCGCUACCAAACGGACGCGCGUGGUGGGUCGUCAGUGGAUCUCGUGCCUAUCAGCUCGCAGCAACCAGGACGGACAGCGACGCUUCGAGGAGCGAGCCGCGAGGCAGAUGCGCGCCGCGCUCGCCAGGACCGCCGCGUUACAUCACCAGACCAAGUCCAAGAUGCCGCCAGGUGGCGUAUACGCCCGACUGGAGGCAGAGUGGCGCGAGCGUCACGGGCAGCGCUCGCGCAACGCCGUGUCCGCGCGGCCGCGCCAGCACCAGCCCGCCAACAAAUACAAGUCCAACUAAUACACAACUACACAUGA